AUGAGAAUCCUUCUUCCCGUCUUGGCCACUGCCAGCCUUGCCCAUGCUGUGUCCAUAACCGGCUGCCACAAGCAUGGUGACGAUGUAUACUGUUUGACCGACGACGGCGGCGAGGUGCAGGUACUUCUAGAUAAUCCGCCGGCCGGAGACCCUCCCUCUGAAUAUACCGACUGCCACGAGCACGGAAGCACAUGGUACUGUGUCGAUGCAGGAGGAAACGAUGUCGAGAUCCUGGGAGAGAUAACCGACAGCUCCACCAGCACGAACAGUACUAACGAAGAGACGACGACCACCGAAUCGACGGAAGAGAGCACGGAAGGAGAGAACUGCCAUUUCCACGCAGGCGUAGAGCACUGUCUUGCCCCUGGGGAAUCAGAAAGUGGUGGCAGCACCAGCGAGUCGUCGUGCGGGAUCCAGACUCGAGAUUAUGACAUGCCCUUGCGUAUCGGGACGCUCUUCGUCGUUCUCGUCACCAGCUCUAUUGGUGUGUUCCUCCCUAUGGGUCUGGUGAAGCUUCCUUCCGCGACCAUCAAUGUUUGGGCGUCCACCAUUAUCAAACAGUUCGGUACAGGUGUCAUCCUCUCGACCGCAUUCGUUCACCUCUACACACAUGCAGAUCUCAUGUUCGGCAACGAGUGUCUCGGCGAGCUCGACUACGAGGCCACCACAUCAGCCGUCGUGAUGGCCGGUAUCUUCCUUUCCUUCCUGACCGAGUAUAUGGGCCAUCGUUUUAUUCUCGCCCGCGCGGCCCGUUCCGCCGAACGAUCCCAGCCAGCCGAGAAUGGCUCGAACAUCUCCUCCAAGUCCGCGGCCGAGCAAGAACCGCAGCCGCAUCACCACGCCACUCUCGCCGGCCUGGGCCACCAUCAUGGCGGCGACCCAACCAACCCCAACACAAAGCUCUCCGUGCUGGUCAUGGAAGCCGGUGUCAUCUUUCACAGUAUCCUCAUCGGGGUAACCCUCGUCGUCGCGGGCGACUCAUUUUACAAGACCCUUCUUGUCGUGAUUGUUUUCCACCAGUUCUUCGAGGGACUGGCGCUAGGAGCCCGGAUCGCGCUUCUGCCAGGUCGUACGUUCCCUAGCAAAGCCAUCAUGGGCGGUGUCUUCGCGCUCAUCACGCCCAUCGGUAUGGCGAUUGGCAUGGGCGUGAUCCACUCCUUCAACGGGCAGGAUCGCCAGACGCUCGUCGCGCUGGGGACCCUCGAUGCUCUCUCCGCCGGUAUCCUUGUGUGGGUUGGCGUUGUCGACAUGUGGGCACGCGACUGGGUUAUCGAAGGAGGCGACAUGUUCAGCGCUCCGUUGGGGCAUGUUGCAGCGGGCGGUAUCUCACUGGUUGCCGGGAUGAUCUUGAUGGGCGUCUUGGGCAAGUGGGCAUGA